UGUAUUCUUUUCGACAACAGACAUUAUUUUAUAGGUUGGCAGCAUUUUCCUGUUUACAUCUUGUUUUUGUUUGCAGCUGUUCUGUGUUGUUGAUGUUUGAUGUUUUUCUGUGACAAAGCCCAUUCCGGCGAAUUCAUAUGAAAUGGCUCGGACACGAAUUGAACCUUGGCAAGGAGAAGAUUCAGUGUGGAAAGAUUCAUCUCUAUCCACCAUCAUUCCUUUAAAAAGAAACUCGCCCAACAAAGCUCUGUAUCCAACUCAUACUGUUCUUAAGACAAACCAUCUCUCCAACUCAAAUGGAGUAUCCACCUCUCUUACAUCUUCUCAGAAAUAUCUCUCUGACAUUUCUCUCCAUGGUGUUCCUUCAUCUAAAUUUGCUGAUUCAUAUCCGAGCCAUGUCACAUCACAUCAUAAAUCCAAAUCGAAGUUGCAUGUAGCACGGAAACGCUCAUCCAAAUCUAGCCAUCACCAUCAUAAAAGUAUUGACAAUGUUGAAUUUGAAUCUGCUGCGGUCAAAGUGCUCUCAGCCCUUCAGCUGUCUACUAAUAGACAGACUAGCACGAGGAACUUACUGGAACUCCCAGAUGGUGAUACACGUAAAAACAUGAUUCCAAAAGUGGUGCUCCGGGACAUUGGCUAUGUCCUGCGAAAGGCGUGCCCAAACUUAAAUGUUUCACCAACAAAUGAUUCAGAUAAAUUUGCCCAGUCUUCUGACUCUCCUCCAUCACCUUCACCUGCAUCAGUAUUUCUUGCUGACAGUGAGUCAGAAAAAAGAGAGUCGAUUGCUUACGAUUCAAGUAAAACUACUUUAGUUGAUCUUGAUAAGGAUCCUGAAUCGACCGUAUCUGAAACGCCUCUGCCUGCAAUGUCCCCUACAAAAAUAUUCCAAAGCAUAAACUCUGCCCUUGCUGUGAGCCCAAGAAAAAAUUAUGAGACAUUAGAGAAAUCAGCCUUGAAUCUCCCUUCAUUUGAUGUCUUGGGUGCUAUGGCACCUACAUUUACUAAUACAGGUGCCCCCCAUUCCUUCUCUUCUAAUGCAUCUCAGUCCAUCAAACCACUCCCAUUUGUCCCAUCAUUUCCCAUUUCAAAAACAACCAGAUCUGUGUGUGCAAGUCCUCCUUUAACUGAUUCUCCUUUAGAUGAACGCAUAGAUCCUCCCAAAGAGUCCUCCCCUAAGACAGAACCGUUAGGCUCAAUAAAGCCACCGGCAAACAAAUCCACAUGCCACAUCAAAUUUGGAUUUUUAGGUUUUCCACAAGAAGAUGGAAGGAAAUUACGGAAAACACGCUUUCAUGUUAACACCAACAUUUUAGCAUCCUCUCUUGAUCUUCUGGACCUUCACAAAAAUAUAGAAGUUUCAACAGGAAGUCCUUAUAGUUGCUCGUUCUGCGAUAUAGUUUUCUCAAGUGUGAAACAUUGCAAAUACCACCAAAGUGUUAUAUCUUCCGAAGUGACUGAUGUCACAGAUGUUCAAGAAGAUGGAUUUUGGCUAUGUCCGUGGUGUCCUAUCAUUGCACUGUCCUCCGAGUUCUUUAGCAGCCACAAAGAAGUUUGCCGUGAGAAAGGCCGCUGUCAUCAGGAGCUGAAACCCUCUUCUGUUAGGAAAAAUGCGUCAGCUUCCUCCAGGCGCCGCAGCAAACCCCCUCCAAACACAAACAAUACAGUAGCAUCUCCUGUCAAAACCAAUAGCUUUAAAGUUUUUCAUGGUCAAAUAAUCCCCGUUAAUUUAUCUUAGAUUUUGUCUCAUCUGUUUCAUAUUCAUAUUUAGUUUGACUUAUGGCUGUUGGAUAUUUUAGCUUUUAUUGUAAUGAAUUGGUGAGGUCAGCAUAACACUAUUAAGUUUUACAGAGCACACCUAUGUGUAGACUCUCACCUAGUCACUAUUAUUACUAUUAAUUUUUUUUAACUAGUUGGAGAUCUGAUACUCUUGUCUUGAGACCCAUUCAAGUGCAGUACCAGCUGCUUUUACCUAAUUUGAUUUGAUCAUUGGUCAAUGUAUUGACAUGUAUUUCCAUUUUCAUAAAAUAUCAACAUCACUCUUGUUUAUCUCAUCCUCUUUUAAUUCCAACCUUGGUAAAGGUUAAGGUUUACAUCCCGUCGCCUGUCAUACAAGAUUUGUUUUGCAAACUGUUUUGCAGGUGGUUGUAAAGUCAUUGUUUUAUAAUUCUGUUUGUUUUGUUGAAGUCCUGAUACAUGUGUUUCUGUGAGAGGUGAACAAAAAAUGAGAGAAGAUAAUUCUUUUGAUUGUUCUUUAUCUUUGGAAUGAUAAAAAAUUGUUUCUUGACAAUUUCUUCAUUUAUAAUCAAAAAUAAAUAAUAUGACUAAGGA